AUGCAGAUUUCCGGUGUGGAUCCUCCUUUGAAGAAAUGCGAUGUAACUCAAACAUGUGUGGAUAUAACUGAUGUUUUUGUAACUGGUCAAAAAUUUGCUACAAGAGAAGAGGCGAUAAGUUGGAUUAAGGAGGUUGGAAUAAGGAAUAAAGUGACAGUUAUAAUAGCUCGUUCAGAUAUCAAAACAGAUAGCGAAACCCAAAGUGCUAGUAAGAGAUGUGGUUGUCCUUUCAAAAUUAGGUCAACACCGUCGAAAGAUGGUUUUGGAUGGAAGAUCGAUGUAAAAUGUGGAGUACACAACCACGGCUUACCUGAUAGAUUUGAAGGUCAUGCUUUCGUAAGUCGACUAAAUACAGAUGAUAAGCAACAUAUUGUUGAUUUGACAAAACGUCAUGUUCCACCAAGACACAUAUUAUUGUCAUUGCAAGAGCGUGACCCGGAGAAUGUCACUCGGAUCACGCAAAUAUACAAACAUAAGAGUAAGAUACAAAAAGACAUAAGGGGUCCUAGAACAGAAAUGCAACAAUUGCUCAAGUUGGUUGAAGAAUCAGGUUAUGUUUACUGGAGUAGGAAAAAGGAUGAGUCAGAAGUUACAAACAAGUACAGGCAACCGUUGUUUGAAAUAGUUGGUAUGACAUCAACUAAAUUAACAUUUGCUGUUGCAUUUGCCUAUAUGGAAUCUGAGCAGACAGAGACUUUUUGUUGGGUAUUGGAUAAGUUGAAACAGUUGUUUAUCAAGCAGGAUAAUUAUCCUCAAGUAAUCUUGACUGAUAGAGAUCUUGCUUUAAUGAAAGCCAUUGAAUUAAUAUUUCCAAAGACAGCUAAUUUGCUUUGCCGAUUUCACAUCAACAAAAACGUGAAAUCAAAGUGUAAGGAACAUGUUGUGGAUGAUAUGCGAGAAACAAUGGAGAAAAUGUGGUUUAAACUGAUAAAGGCUAGUGAUGAGAUGAAGUACCAUCAACGGUUGAAACAACUUGAGGAUGCAUGUGUUGACUCCAAAGGUUUUAUUGAUUAUGUGAAUGACACAUGGUUGACACCGCACAGACAUCGAUUUGUCGAAGCAUGGAUCAAUCAAGUGUUACAUUUGGGCAACACCACAACAAAUAGGGUGGAGUCUGCGCAUUGGAAACUUAAGCAAAUGUUAGAUAAUAGCUUAGGUGAUUUAUGCAAAUGUUGGGAGGCUAUGAAUGACAAUAUCAAGAUACAAGUGGGCAACAUUAGAGCUUUAUUUCAGAAGAGUUUUUAUGAAGUUGAGCAUGCACAUACUAGUCCUUUUUAUUCAAAUUUGCGUGGUUCAGUAUCAAGAGCUGCAUUGAGGCAGAUUGCUGAAGAGUGGUUGAGGAUUGACAUGGUGGGUACCGAUACGCAAAAGUGCGGAUGUACUCAUAGAAAAGUAUAUGGGUUACCAUGUGCUUGUGAGUUAGGGAGAUAUACAUUGAGUGGUGAUGCGAUACCAAUUGAGGCUAUUCAUAUUCAUUGGAGGAAACUAAGUAUGGAAGGAAAUCAAGAUAUAGAUGCAGAUGAUGGAUCAGAAAUAGACAUGACAAAUGCAAUCGAUAAAAUUUGGAAAAUGUGGAGGUCAUUAGAUGUUGUCGGAAAAAGAGCAUUAAAAAGCAGAGUGUGUUAG